UAAAAGUUCAGAGAUGCAGAAGUUAAAUAUUAUUUGGAACACUUGCCAACAUGUAUGGCUAUCAAAGAAUGACCUUCAAAGUGUGAAAGAGAGAAUAUCAAAUGUCAGCCAUAUUCCUGUAGAAAUUGCAAAAAUUCCUCUUUCUGGAAAAAGAUCUACUGGGAAAGCAAAAAUGAUUGAUGAUGAAUUACCCUACAGCAAUCAUGGCAUUGCUUAUAUGGACUUGUCACCUCUACUUUUUCCAGGUGUGACAAAAGUCAAAGGAGCUUUCCCUGUCGGAGUUUAUAGAGAAACAGAGAUGUUAGAAAUGACAAAACAAAGGUCUUUCCUGGCCAGUGGAGGGAUUCAGAUGGUUACAUCUUUAUUUUAUCCGAGAAGAAAUCCAAUGCACAUCAGUGUAGACCAAGUUGCCAAUCCUAAAACAGUUAGUUAAUUUU